UUUCAAACCGUGCUCAAGUGCAGUCAUCUGAAUGUUUACAUACAAACCACUCACGUCGGAUCUAGCGAGGGCUGUACAGGUCUCCGUCAAUGGGCCACUAGUUGAGGUGCAUUUGACGGACCAAUCUGACCUUCCAGUGCCCGUUACACGCCAAAGGAAAGCAGCCUAUACUGUGCUGAACGAAAGUUACAAGAACUAUGCGGAACGAAUACGAAACCUCACCGUCUACGCGGACGAUCUGUGGGUUAUUACGGCUCCAAAGUGCGGUACCACGUGGACCCAGGAAAUGAUGUGGUUAUUGGAUCAUAAUCUCGAUUACCAGCGCGCGAUCGACGUGAAUCUACUUCACCGAACUAACUUCCUCGAAUUCUCCACUUUAGUGCCAUCAUUCGAACAGGACACUAUUGAGCUGGUAGAGCGUAUGGAACGGCCAAGGCACAUCAAAAGUCAUCUCCCGAUGGCACUGCUGCCCAAGCAGCUGUGGACUGUGCGGCCCCGGAUCGUUUACUGUGCGCGCAACCCGAAAGACAUGGUUACGAGCUUCUACCAUCACUAUCAGCAUCUGCACGGUUACCAUGGAUCCAGGGAAACAUUUUUUGACGCCAUCCUGCAGGAUCUCGUCAUGUUUCAACCACAGAUCGCGCACACAUUAGACUUUUGGAGCAUACGCAACGAGCCCAACGUGCUGUUUCUGCAUUUCGAACAGAUGAAACGGAAUAUGUACUCGGUACUUAAGGAAGCGUCCGCAUUUCUAGGAAAAUCCUACACCAGCGAACAGCUCCAAUCAUUAGAGAAACAUCUCUCAUUCGAUGUGAUGAAAGAUAACAAUUUCGCCAACCACAGUGAAUUGCUACGUAUGAUGAAGAGCAUCCCUGGUGUGAAUGUGGACAAAGGCUUCCAAUUCAUGCGAAAAGGCCAGGUUGGAUCCCAUCGCGAAGAACUGGACCCCGAGUACAUCACCAGGUUGACGACUUACAUUGAAAAUGGUUUGAAAGGGAGUGCUUUUCAAUUUAUGGAAUAAAACGAAAAAAACCAUGCAGCAUGCAUUUGAAUGAUAA